CGCGCGUCUUUUGUAGCGUGUAGCCAUUCGGCUCCGACUGCGCGACGCGGCGAACCGCUUCCGCCGCACCACCACUCCUGAAAACUUUGUCUCGCGCGUAAUAUUUGUGCGAUACGUAAAAAUAAACGCAUCGAGAUAUAAAUGUACAAAAUAUUUUAUAGUAAUCAAUGUAUGACAUAGUGUAAUUUUUAGGUACAUUUCUAAAAACUCUGCGCCAAUAAUUAAAUUAAAAUUAUAGUAUUAUUAAAUUACAUAUUAAUAAUAAAGUGCUAAUUAGUAACCUGUUCGCCGUCGGUAAUCGCUAACACACCGGAGUGAUGUGUCCAACAUAUUGUUAAGAUAAAUAAACCUCAUAUCAAAUGUUUUACGAGCAUAAACAUGUCAUUCAAAGUGAAGUGAUAUAUAAAAAUACCAAGUAAAGUUUACAGAAGUAAUUUCUAUGUGAAGGUUAAAAAAUCAGUAAGUGCGCAAUGUCAACUUUGGGAGCGGGGACAAGAGUGCUAAUCGUUUUGCAAACAAGCUGUAAAGCGGCGGCGAGCUGUGUAUGCUCGUUGUGUGUCGUGUGCAUUAGCAUUGUGACCUAAGAAGGCAUUAGUGAACAAAGAACAGAUACAGUACUUAUCAAACGCCAACAUUCUGUUCCGAAUCGCAACAUCCGCCUUCUACAUCAUGGACACCAGUACGAGUAAUUCCACGCAAGACGAUGAUGCGGACUGGUCACGGAACUCCACCUUAGAUCUUGUACAGAAUGGCUCGGCUAAUGAUACUUACGAUACAUUAUACCCGGUGCCGACGGGGAUGAUAGUACUGCUUUCUUUCUUAUACGGAUCUAUCUCAGUGCUAGCAGUAGUCGGCAACUUCUUAGUGAUGUGGGUAGUAGCGACAUCAAGGCGGAUGCAGAGCGUCACCAAUUGUUACAUAGCAAAUUUAGCAUUAGCUGACAUCGUCAUAGGAUUAUUCGCGAUACCAUUCCAAUUUCAAGCGGCUCUUCUACAACGAUGGCUCCUGCCGCACUUUAUGUGCCCCUUCUGUCCGUUCGUGCAAGCGCUGAGCGUGAACGUAAGCGUGUUCACUCUCACAGCCAUAGCCGUCGAUAGACACAGAGCCAUCAUCACACCUCUCAGCGCCCACACUUCAAAGCGGGUCGCUAAGGUGAUUAUUGUACUAAUAUGGCUCCUGGCAUUAUCACUGGCGGCUCCGAUGGCCAUGUCAUGGGUUGUGGUGAUGGAAGAUGAACAGGAUCCAGUUACGAAAGUUUUUUACAAAAAGCCGUUUUGCGCUCCCAGUGAUUUUGGUAAUCAUUCGCUGGCUAUAUACAGGCUACUGUUGUAUAUAUUUCAGUACAUUAUUCCGCUAUGCGUAAUAACAUUCGCUUACGCACACAUGGCAAUGAAACUGUGGGGGGCGCGCGCCCCGGGAAACGCGCAAGAACUCAGAGACGCAAAUCACAUGAAAAACAAAAAGAAGGUAAUAAAAAUGCUGGUGCUUGUGGUAGCAUUGUUCGCGCUCUGCUGGCUUCCCCUUCAAACUUAUUUACUGCUUAUGUCGUUCUUUCCAUCCAUAAACGAGUACAGAUACAUAAAUGUGAUUUUCUUCUGCUUCGACUGGUUGGCUAUGAGUAACUCAUGCUACAAUCCUUUUAUCUACGCCAUUUACAACGAAAAAUUCAAAAAAGAAUUCAAACAACGUUUCACGUUCGGAAAGAAACAUAAUAGAUUUGCCAACGACAGCUACGAGGACGGUCAAUCGUAUCGCACUCGGAUUCUUUCGUUUAGGUCGACAAAUGACCGAAGCGUUUAUUCAGCUAGGAAGUCUAUCAACAUGGCCCCGGCCGACAACCUUAGAUGCUCCAAACGAAACUCAUUUCAUUACACGAACAAUCAAAAUAGAGAGAAUGGAUUCGAUUAUACGAAUCGUGAUGAAAUAGACGGACGUCAUAACAAAAAAAUCAUUAAUCGAGACAAUAGAAAUUCUGGUUUACGGAGACCUCAUUCAAAAAGAUUGUCGGAAAGGGAAGUAUUGCCGAUAGGAGAUGAAAGGGUCAGUGAACUGUACAUAUUCCCCAACAGCAACAUAGUGGAAUUCCGUGACAUAUCAUACGAUGACAAAGUGUAAAUACGUUGAUUCCAUAAAUUAUUCAUGUAAACAUACGAUACGAUAGAAAUAAAAAAUAGCAUAUACGUAUUACUGUAUUAAAAAAUAAUUAUUUAUGAAAC